GCAGGGUGGCGAUGGAGCAGUGAGAGGAGAGAGUCAGAGAAGAGACACAGACCCUCAAGCUGCUUCAGCAAGACAGACUCCAUCAUCUCAUCUCAUCUCGUCUCAUCUCGUCUCGUCUGGCGGUCAUCAUGGCUUUAUCCCACGUGUCUGUGCUGAGUGUGAUUCUCUGUGCCUUGGCACUCGUCCUCCACAGCGAUCCGGCAGAGGCUCAGGCGGACUUGGCACUGGACUGCUGCCUGACAGUUAGCCACAAAGUCAUCCCUAAACAAGUCCUCCUCACUUACCGGAAGCAAUUCAGAGUCGACGGCUGCCCCCGAGAUGCUGUCGUAUUCAUGACAAGGAAGGCUUUGAGGCUUUGCGCCCCACCUGCAGCGGAGGAGGAAUGGGUUAAAGACACAGUCAAGUUUCUGGACACCAGAUUGAAGAAGUGCAAAGAAAUCAAAUUCCACGGCAAACGCUGUCAAGGCCUGAGGGAUUUGUCUUUUUAACACAUAUACACGUGCAUAUAUGCUUUUAAUGGCAGCUGAUGAAGUCACUGUGACCUAGCUCGCUUCUGUUUCUGUAACACAUUUAGGUUCUUCCUCUUUUCAGCAUUUUCAACCUAAAUUGUUGAAAGACUCCAAGCUGUUUGAUCUUUUCGGUAGUUGCUGUUGUGUGAACAAAUAACUCUAUUUUUUAUACAAUCAUCUUGUUGCGUUUUUUUUAAAUUGAAUAAAUUGGUUGACAACAAA